CAACAAGUAGUCUGUUAUAAACCCGUUAGAGGCUAAAGACAAGAAAAAUGUUUCCUUUGAAAGUCGUUUCAUUGUUUUUGUUCUUUGGCAUAAUGUCGUUGGCGAAAGAGACUUGGCUAAGGCCAGGCUGUCAUAAAGUGGGUAAUACACGCAAAAUUUCCAUACCCGAUUGUGUGGAAUUCCAUAUAACAACCAAUGCCUGUCGCGGCUUUUGUGAAUCGUAUGCUGUACCUUCUAUGCCAUGGGGCAGUGUUGGUGGUAUAUUUAAGCCACCAAAGCCAGUGGUGUCGGUGGGUCAGUGCUGUAAUAUGAUGGAAUCUGAAGAGAUACAAAAACGUGUCCUUUGCAUGGGCGGCAUGCGCAAUUUUACAUUUCAAUCUGCUUUGUCUUGUAGUUGUUAUCAUUGCAAAAAGGAUUAAAUUCACCAAACACUUUUUUAAAUUACUGUAUAUAUGUAAAAAUAUUAUAGUUUAGAAUAUAUUGUGAUGAGCCCUUAAAAUAAAAUAAAAUUUUCGCUGUAC